GAAAAUUUUUUUUUUGAAUACAUAUCAAUGAGCGCAAAAAACGUUGACGCCUUCAAUGCUUCGCAUAAUCGACUGCGAGCGGCCGACUUUCAGGAUGCUGAGGAGCGUGAAAACGCUGAGUACGCCGAACGUCACAACCUACAGGCCCUUUUCAGCGAGUUCGGCGCACAGUUACGCGAGAAAGACCCCAAAACGGAGCACGAAGCCGAGCGCAUUCUUUUAGACAUGCUUUCUCACCGUAAAGCCGAGCGUGACCGUGCAGCGCUUCGUCUGCGCUUCAAGCAUUCAUUCGAGGUUAGUCUUGAAAACGGCCGUCGUGUGCUCAAGAUGACUGUAGAGCAAGAGAGUGCCGUCCUACAAGUAGCACAGAAGACUCGAAAUAUCAAUUUGGAUGGUAAGUAUCCGAUCACUAUAGAGCAGUCUGAAGAGCUGACUGAGCUGUUUUAUGAACUCGGCCGUUUCGUAUUGGAAACUCAGAAGGGUGAAGUAAGUGGAUUUAUUAGUAUUGAUGACCGCGAUGUUUAUUUGCUCUCUGGUGGAAAGGACUGUUUAAAUGCUGGCGACGAGUUAUUCAACGUAGCACUUCUUAUGAAUAUGAACGCUAAUAAUGCUGACAAAGUGCAACAAGAGGCUCAACAUGAUUAAAGCAGACGAAUGAUGAAAGAAUAGCAAGGGGGAAAAUGGUGUCACUACUUAUUUUAUUUAUAUGGGUAUAAACUAGAAUAUCAUGAUCAUUGUCUUUUCCUUCUUCCAAAUUUUGAAAAUUUGUAAGGAGUACGUUUUUCCUCUUUUUCGUUCUUGUAUUGAUCGUACUAUAUGUAAGAAAAUCAUUCUUUUGUAAUAUUGCGACGCAUAAAUGAUGCUAAAUCUUUGAGAAAAAGCGUGGGAAAAGGAGCUCUAAUACGGCGAGUCUGAGCAAAGCAGGAACAACAGAAUUCAUAUCUUUCAAUUAUAUUCUUUUGUUACCGAAGAUGUCAUACAUAUACCAAAAAUAAAUUAUCUGUGAAGUGUAGGAUCCGUUUUGAAAAAA